AUGAUUGACGCCAAACAUCGACCCGAAGACACAACAAAGUCAGACAAAGUUGAACAAAAUGACAGUAUUUUUGAUACCACACAGUCAUCUGAUCCGUCAUCGCAUGUCUUGUCGACCAAUAAGCCAAAGAUGACAAUCACUGAUACAGAUAUAGUGUCCACUUCUAUAUUAUUUUUUGCCGCCGGUUACGAAACAACGGCAACAAUACUAUCAUUUCUAUUGUAUUUGUUGGCAUUGAAUGAAAAUUGUCAGCAAAAACUGUACGAAGAAGUGAAUGGUCAGACAGUGAAGAAUGAAACCAAUAGUUACGAUAAUCUAACAAAACUGUCAUAUCUUGAGGCCUGUAUUGCGGAAACACUUAGACUUUAUACACCAGUUUCGCUAUUAGGAAGAACAGCCUCAGAGGACUAUACCAUAGGCAAUACGGGAAUCACAGUAGAAAAGGGUACAACAAUAAUCAUACCGAUUCACGCCCUACAUCACAGUCCCGACUACUUUCCGGAACCGAAACAGUACCGACCGGAACGUUUCCUACCGGAAAAUCGUGAUAAAAUCAUACCCUACACCUAUCUGCCGUUUGGUGCCGGUCCACGUAAUUGUGUGGGUAUGCGUUUUGCACUUAUGGAGGCCAAGGCUGUAGUCGCCCGGAUGGUCAUAAAGUAUGAGUUUAUACGAACAGCCAAUACUAAAGUUCCCUUACAGUACGUAAGUAAGUCAUCGAUUCCCCGACCGACCGAUUUUACGGUAGGCGUACACUACAGAAGCAAAAUAGGAUAA